AUGACCGGUGACUUCGACGUUGAUCAGAAGUCUCAGUUGUGUAGUGUGGUUGAUAGUACAAUGGUGAAAGGAUCUACGGAUGAUUCGACUUCGAAGCAGACUUUCAACUUUACCAACUCUUUUCAGACAACAAACGCAAAAUCGGCUUGUAGAGGAGAUGUGAUUGAUGAUCAGAACACUGAAACCAGCAGCAGCUUUUGCCGACAAGGAUUGGGUGAUCAUUUGGCUUCACAAAAUCGGAUUUCGUCUAAUAACUUGUAUUGUAAUGAUCAAACCUCCAAUUCCACUGUGUCUGAUGCCAUUGAAAGUAAUAUUGAGUCAUUGAAAGCCUUGUCCUUGAAACCUGACAAUGGUACUCCUCCUUUCCAGUCGUUAGGUUCUAGUACUGCCAAAACACGGGACAUGGCAUUUUCUACUGUGUCAGGUGAUGGCAACUCAUUUCCCUUCGAGCGCAGUCAGUCUGACCAGAAGUUCGACAGCUGCAACUUCCUUGGUGAUGCAGCAAAUGCAAGUUCUAGUGGUAAAAGUCAUUCGACACCUGAAUCAAGUUCUGGCAUUGAGAGCACAUAUUCGUCAACCAAUCCUCGGAAUCAGCUUCUGCAGGAAACUGAGAAUCCGCCAUCCACGACUGAAAACCAUCUUGGUGGGUGUUCUAGUUCUUACUGGAACACUGCCGGAAAUGCUCAAGCUGAAGAAUUGAAUUACUUAACAACAGCGCUGUCCGUAAAUUCCUCGCCGCUUUUGACGAAUCUUCUUUUUCAGCAACCUGGCAAUUCUCCAGUUAGUACCAGUAGUGGGCCACAAUCCACUUCGGGAGCUAUAGGUUCCAAACGUCCAAUAAUAGGCGGGCAUCAAGGAAUGCGCCCUUUGUCUAGACCUCCUGGUUGGAAUCCAACGACUACGUCUUUUGACUCUAACUUCGCAGCUUCCUCUGAUCAAUCUCCCUUCUUUACUCCAACCUCCACUGGCUUGCCUUCUUCCAAAGCGCCGGGAUGGAUGGGCCAUUUUUCACCCCAAAACAGCACCUACCCUUGGUCAUCAACAGCUUCUCAACAAAAUGCUUUCAAGCCUAAUUUUGCGGAUCCCGCGUCCGGAUUUUCCUCUAGCAAUAGUGCAAAUGGUUUGAGAUUUGCAGUGAAUAACAGUUUGUCAAACAUGGGAUCGAAUGGAUUUCCAAAGGGUUCUGCUUCCUCGAAUCCUGCAUCUUUGUAUAGCAUGUUUUCCAAGCGUCCUUCGCAUCGAGUGACGGCCCACUGGCAACAGCAACAACACCAGCAACAUGUGCAGCCGACGCCACCAUCUCUACUGAACAAGCAACAUGGUUCUGAUUUUUCGAGUCCUGGGCCUCUAUCCAUUGGAGGGCAGGAUAGUGUUUUAAAUCAAAAAAUGCCUCAUGGCUCAUUUGGAUCAACUUCCGGUGUGUCUGCCAUGGCUAGUGGUAUGAUGUCCGGCAAUAUGGAUAGUCUAAACGCAGACAGGUAUUCGACCUAUGGCUUUGACCAGCAUUUGAUUGAACUUAUGAAAUCAAUGGAUUCUUCCGGCAGUUCUCAAUCGGGUCUACUUGAUGAUCUGGCUUUUGGAAUGCCCCGAAUGGAUAAUUACCAUGGAAAUUUGCACCCUUUGCCCGGUAUGCCACAGCCGAGACCUGGAUUGAUGUCAAGUGGAUUGCAAAAUCAAGGUUUGCAUGCUAUGGGCAAUCCACACUCUAGCCUUUCCGCAAUGGCUCCCCGUGAAGAAGGCUACUCUCGCAAAGUUUUUGUCGGUGGUCUUCCUCCGGAUAUCGAUGAAGGUACCAUUGUCGUUUCCUUUAAAAGUCCUUAUUUGUUGAGAGAAGAAAUCACUACAGCUUUUCGCCGUUUUGGGGCAUUGAUUGUUGAUUGGCCACAUAAGACAGAAAGCAAAGCUUAUUUCCCCCCAAAAGGUGUUUCUCUUGAGAUUUAUGAAUUUUUAAAUCGUAUUCUCAUGCACAUACGUUACUGCUUCCUGUUGUUCCAAGAGGAACAAUCAGUACAGAAUCUGAUUAAUGCCUGCAUCGUCGAUGAAGGGAAAUACUACUGGUGCGUAUCCUCUCCAACCAUGAAGGACAAACCGGUUCAAAUUCGCCCUUGGAAUUUGGCUGAUUCGGACUUUGUCAUGGAUGGUUCCCAAACGCUGGAUCCACGCAAAACCAUUUUCGUGGGUGGCGUACCGCGACCUCUUCGUGCAAGUAGGUUAUACGACUACUUUUAUCUCCUCGUUUUGCCGAUCGUAUUCCUUACCACACUUUAUAAGAUCUUGUAUUCUGCGCGAUGCUCUGUUUUUACGCGUUCCAGGUGUCUAUGUUUUCACAAAGUUCUAUCGGCUAUCAUGCUCUGA